CUAAAAUCUACGAAGAAUAAUUCAACCCAUGCUCAUCAGUAAGCGACAAAGAUGGCCGCCUGUGGGCUACUCCGCUCCCUGUCUUCCAACUUUUUCACAGUUUUGCCAAUACUUAACCGCUCGGUAACACUUUCACCGUUGCGGCUGGCAUCUGCCCCUUACUUUGGAAGAACCAUAGCCACUUCUAGCCGAUUAACAGCAGCUCUUAAUUUCACAGACAAGCACGAAUGGAUCCGGGUAGAAGACGACGGGAUUGGCACUGUCGGUAUCAGCAAGUUUGCGCAAGAGGCUCUGGGGGAUGUAGUUUACUGUGGACUGCCAGAGGUGGGAACACAGCUGGCUCAGCAAGAUGAGUUUGGCGCUCUGGAAAGUGUGAAGGCUGCCAGUGAGCUCUAUUCCCCCCUGACUGGAGAAGUUGUAGAGGUCAAUACUCUACUGGCAGACAACCCAGGUCUGGUCAACAAAUCUUGCUACACAGAUGGCUGGCUGAUGAAGAUGACCAUUGAUAACCCUGCAGAGCUUGAAGCUCUAAUGGAUGAAGCAGCCUAUGACAGAUACAUCCGUUCCAUUGAGGACUAACCCAACACUUUCUCCUUUUUAAACACCACUGGCAGGGAGAUCUACAAGCUGUACCUGUUGUCAGCUACAACGCCAUGCUUAGCAUCACCAGUGGAGCUCCAGAGCUCCACAUAUCUGACCUGCCAGUGUUGUAGAGCUGUGAAUAUUAGGAAUCAUUUAUCUACUGUUAAAGACUGACUUUAGGGGACCAGUCAGUCUGGACUGAAUAUACAUACAGUGUUGAAUUGCUGCAGCCUCAAACCACCAAACAGAAGAGACUGAGACUCAGGCAAUUAAACACUUACAGUCAAAGCAAAGAUUUCUGUCGUAGGACUGUGUAAGACAUAAAAAACGCACUUUGGUCUUUAUGGUAUUAAUAAUAAUGUUGGUCUACACUACAUGUGUGACAGCUAUAAUGCACACAUGAGUCUGUAAAUUAAAAAAUAAACAUUUCCUGAGACUUUA